UAUGACGUAUAAUCAUUGCACACGCAUACUACAAACGUGCUCUUAGUAUAAAAAGCAACUUAAAAUCACUUUAUUAUUUCUGACAACUAGUUGUUACUGCGUCACUUUAAUAUAUCUGACAACUAGUUGUUACUGCGUCAUUACUGGACUAUUUUUUGACCCGAACAAAAUCAAUUCCUGUGUAAAAAUAAAAAUAUGUGCAAACACAUCUAUGUGGCAUCUUUUUUUAACUGUCAGUCAAUUACUAUCCACAUGUUUUGUUUUAUUUUGCGAUUUAAGUAAAUGGAAAUUUUUAUAAAAUUCUUUUUGAAAUAUUGUUAAAAUGGGCAAAGGAAAAAAAUCAUUUAUUGAUCGUAAAAACGCAGUGACAUUUCAUCUGGUACAUAGAAGUCAACAUGAUCCUUUAGUCACUGAUGAAACAGCACCACAACAUGUUCUAGUUGAGGCUACUACCCGUAAAUCUCAAAAACAAGAGACCGAACCUUUGAACUUAGAAAAGCAGAUUGAAGAACAAAAGAAAUAUGGAAUCAAUUUUGACGACGAUUAUAACUAUUUACAACACUUAAAAAAACCUGAACAGGAAACUGUUUGGGAGUACGUUGAAAAUCCUAACCAUGUCCGUAAGCGUUUAGAGCAGGGUGAGAUUACCACAGCACCAAAAUUAAAACUUCCGAGCUCUGUUUUUGCAUCUGAGUUUGAGGAGGAUGUUGGCAUGCUUAACAAAGCUGCCCCACAUCCUGGUCCUCGACCAGAUUGGGAUCCAGAUGUUGUAGCGGCAUUAGAUGAUGAUUUUAAUUUUGAUGAUGCUGAAAAUCAACUAGAAGACGAUUUCGUAUUAAAAGCAAUGGAAGAAGGCGAUGAAAAUGAUGUAUUAACUGAUAAUGAAAGUGAGCGAAGUUUCGAUACAGAUGAUAUGAGCGACAUUGAUGAAGAUGAUGUUGAAGAGUUUAUGGACCGCCUUGCGCCAUUAAUGCGUGAACGUAAUUUUGGUGAUGAGGAAACUAAGUCACGAUUUACAGAAUAUUCGAUUUCGUCCAGCAUCAUACCGAGGAAUGAACAACUUCAAUUAUUAGAUGAAAGAUUUGAAAAAUUCUAUGCAACUUAUGAUGAUCCAGAAUUGGGGGAUUUAGCAAUGGAAGAUAUAGAAGGAACAUGGCAUCAAAAGCAUCCAUACAUUAUGGGCUGCUAUAAAGAAUUUAAAAAAUCUAAAAAAUUAGAAAAGUAUGAUAAAAACUGGGAUAAAGAAAGAAUUAAAAAAUAUGAAAAUAUUGUAGAUGGUGAAGUUGAUCCUAAUGAUGAAUUAGUUGAAUUUGAGGUACCUGAUACACAAGAUAAAAAAUGGGAUUGCGAAUCUAUCUUGUCUACAUACUCAACAAUUUAUAAUCAUCCAAAAUUAAUUGAUGAACCCCGUAAUUCUAGGCGCAGUAGAAAUAGCUCUAUGAGUAACAAUCAAGAAAAAAUAGAAAUCGAUCCAAAGACAGGUUUGCCUACAAAUGUCUUGCGAGGUGGAGAGAAUCAACUUACGAUAAAAACAUUAGCAAAGCUCGAUGGUAGCAAUAAUCCUAUCUUAAGUGGACCAAAAUCUCUAUGCGCGAAAUCAGUCUUGUCAACCCUUAGUGUGCUUUCUAUACGACCAAAAGAUGAAACCAAUGAAGAGAAAAAGGAACGUAAGCGUUUACUUAAAGAGUAUAGACAAGAGAGACGCAUUGAAAAAAAGGCUAAUGCCGAUGCCUUUAAAGAAGAGAAAAAGCGACAAACGCAUGUUAAACUAAAUCAAAGACAAAAUCAACAGGGCAAUACAAUUAUUUAGAUAUAAAGUUAGUAAUAAUAUUAAAUUAUUUUUCGCAUGAAAUUUAUUUCCAAAAAUAAAUUAUA